AUGGAAGAAGAAAGUAAUUUGAGUGUACAUGAUGCUGUUAGUCGCUUAGAACGAAGUUUAUCUACAGAACGAAGCACUAGUUCACAGUCGACUGGUGGCGAUUUCAGCAUUCCAGGAUACCUCAGAACAACAACCUCUUCAAACAGCAAAUUGAAUAUAAAGCGAAAGGAUGAUGAAAGUAAGGAUAGACAGCAACAUCAGAAAAGACGUCGUUUUCAGAACACAAACAAUGUGGUGCCUACAAAGACAUAUGACGGGCACCGUUUCAACCGGCAGGACUCAAGAGAAUCGUCUGUAUUUUCUAUAGCCUCUACUGUCAGAACGGAUUGUGAUAACGAUGAUGCCGAUGAGGAGAAUUUUGAAAGGGUUAAUCUGUAUGCCAAAUAUCUGCAAUGGGUAUUCUUGAACAACAAAGCAAAGAUUGCGUUUGAGCAUAAGAAACAGGCAAUUGAGAGAGAGCUGAUGAUCGCUAUGGAAGCAGUAAAAGAGAAGCGAAAACGAGAAGCAGCCCUAUUCAAGGAAAAAAAUGACAUGCUGGACGAUAGGGAUGUUCGAAAGUAUGUGCAGCAGGCUCAAAAGGUAGCAAACAGAAUCAAGGAGAAAAUAGCGGUAAAAAGCUACGAUUGGGUUGAAGAGAGGAGGGAAUUGGCCGUAAUUUUGAGCCAGAUGAACGAUCUGACAAUACCCAUGAGUUCAGUUCAUGAAAGUAUCAAAGAGCUGAUCAGAACCCGAGAGCUUAUGCAGAGCAUCAUUGACCACCCCGAAGUUCCCCUGAAGUGA